AUGUCUAAAUCUCGUGGUUUCACUUCAGUCUCUCUCACAACCUCGCAUACCGCCCUCUCACCCUCUCGCUCCCCAACCCUAGAGCUCAAGCCUGCCCUGAAGCAGUAUAUUCCCCGCGCACGCACCGCAACCGACGCCCUCCCUGUCACGCACAACGUACCCCUUGCCAGCAACCCCGCGCCCGCGCACCCUGACGACCGCGACCCUGCCUCUGUUUGGCCCUCGUUUCCCCCGGCCGAUGUCCGAUCCGCUCGGAGCGGCAUGUCCAGGCGGCAGUUCAGCCCAAAGGUUAUCCCGUUCCGGACUUGGCAGGUCGUUUGCCCAUCUCUGCUCACCAGGAAACGUACUCGAGAGGAUGAACCGGUUGUCGAGGUCGAAGCAGGGGCAUCACUCAAGCGCCCAAAACGCAUCGUCCCUACCGAUUCCUACGAUGCUGUAGUACCUGCUAUCCCGAUCGAACCGACUGGCGUGCCUGAUUCAUCCACGAUGUCGCCCGGAACGACGAUGAAAGUCCUCUGCCUCCUUCGCGCCGUCAACGUCUCCGGCUCCAAUCCAUGCAACAUGAAGCGUCUUGUGCAACUUGCGAGCUCAGACUUGGGAUGGACGAACAUCAAGACAUAUCUCCAGAGCGGCAACCUCGUUGCAGAUGUGCCUUCCGAUCUCAGUAUGUUGGAUGUCUCUGAGAGACUUCGACAGCUACUGGCGAGCAGCAUGAAAGUGCACUGUGCGGUCAUCACUCGCACCCUGGCAGAACUGGAGGACCUGAUCUCUUCGUGUCCGUACGACACUUCGGAUCUAACCAAAGUACAUGGGUUCUUUCUUGAUUCAGUCCCGAGUCCAGAAGCGUUAGACGCUCUGGAACUGAAAUCCAAGAAAGACGAUCGGUACACGUGGGACUCCGCUGGGCUCAGCUCCAAGCGAUAUGGGGUUCCUCAAGCAUGUGGGCACCGAAGACAGACGAGCUCAUCUUUCUUUGUCAUUGUGUCCGGCCCGCCGCCGUCGGCCACACAGAUCCCUCUCGUUGGUUUGGUCGAUACUCAGCCACACAGCUGGCUGCCUCAAAGGCAACACCUUCGGUCGGCCAGUUCGAAUCGAGCGUGCCCAAGAUCGCUCAAGCUGAGGAGACCAUCCAACAAGCGCACUGGAUCUUGCAUCGGUGGUGAUGCCCCGCAUGAGACUGUCAACCCAGCGGUCACUUCCGAUGAGGGUCGGACCGUGGCUGUCACCAAGAUAGCAAAAAGCUUGUCCCGCACAUUUGACAAUAACGAGGCACUGUCCGCCUCGACAGCAACUCCUCCGGACGGCCAGUCCGAGCCGAACAGGCGCAGUGCUAAGAAUAUCGCUCGGCUUCUCCUUCUGGUCAAAUGUGGUCGACAGGUUGUUGGCUACCUUGGUGACAUUCUCGGUGCCAGGAGUGAGCUCGCGCUUCAGAUCCUCACGCGGGGCCUCACUGCCGAUUUGAGACGUUUCCUGAAUGGCUUCCGUAGCCUACGCUCCGCAGCUGCUCUCCUGCAUAAGACCGAGGAGGCAAUUGAGAGGCUGCAACGCCUUAACAUCCGGAGAAGUGGAAAGGAGAAUGGGAGCGGACAAGCAGCAAUGGUCCUUGCAGCGUUCUGCAAUAUCGCUGGUCUUGUUUUCUCCUUCGCCUUCAGUUACAAGCAUCGAUUACAAGUCGCAGCGGGGGAGAAACGCGCAACAGAUCGCGUAGAACUCUUAACGGUGUCCCUCUGCUCCCUUCUGAGCGGGGUAUGGUGGAUCGCAUUUGCUAGCACGAAGUUCAUCGAGUCCGCAUGUUUGUCUGAACCACCCCGUGGGGCCUGGCUCUCCCAGCUCCGGGAAUUGGCGCAGCUUCCAUGGGGUCUGAUUUUUGACCGGGUUGCCGGAUGGCUUUCAGGGGAGGACAUUGGCCUCGAGGAUGCAUGUCGCGUUCCAAUUCUCACGCUGCGCCUCUCCUGGGUCAACGCGGUUACCUUAUGGCUGAGCAACCUCAUUGUAACGGUUCAAGUUUUCCGUCGUCAGGCUGUUAGGGCAUGA